CUCUCUCAUCCUGCAAUUCCCAUCUCCCUCUCUCUCUCUUCCCUUAAUCUCUUCCUCUAAGAAAAUUUGAGUGAUUAAGGGAGAGAAGACAGAGAGUUUCUAUUUACCAAGGAUACCUCUUCUUCUUCUUCUUCUUCUCCGAUGGCUUCUUCCCCAGAAUCUGCUCCUCCUCCAUCAAAUUCAACCUCUUCUCCAUCUCCACCAUCUAAUUCCAAUUCAACCUCCUCUUCUCCGCCGUCGCCAUCUCCUCCUUCUCCUCCUGCUCCUCCGACACAAGGAAACUCGUCGUCUCCACCGCCUGAUUCCACCUCACCACCAGCUCCACAAGCUCCUUCUCCUCCCACUUCCAACAAUAAUCCUCCUCCACCACAAGGAAACAGAGGAAAUAAUGGCAGUGGCAAUGAAUCCCCACCGUCACGUGGCUCCCCUCCUUCUCCUCCUUCUAGGAGUGGAGACAACAGUGGUAGCAGAUCGUCGCCGUCUGGAGACAAUGGCGGCUCUCUCUCGGAUAAUCCUCCUUCUAGCGGUGGAGGAGGAGGAGGAGGAGGAGGAGGAAAUAAUACAAAUACGGCGAUCAUAGUAGGUGUAUUAGUUGGAGCUGGACUAUUGAUGGUUGUGCUUCUUAUUGUCUGUCUUAGACGCAAAAAGAAGAGAAAAGAUUCAUACUACGCUGAUUCCAUGAAAGGAAACCAAUACCAAUACUAUGGAAACAACAACAACAACAAUGCUCCACAGAGUUAUCCAAAUUGGCACUUAAAUGGCCAAGGCCAAAACCAACAACCUCCUGGUGGUUGGGGAGGUGGUGGACCAUCACCGCCUCCUCCUCCUCCUCCUCCACGGAUGUCUACAAGCGGAGACGAUUCCACGUUGUACUCAGGACCAUCACGUCCGGUUUUACCUCCUCCUUCCCCUGUUCUGGCCCUUGGGUUCAACAAAAGCACUUUUACUUAUCAAGAGCUAGCGGCUGCAACAGGAGGGUUUGCGGAUUCUAACCUUUUGGGACAGGGAGGAUUUGGUUAUGUCCAUAAAGGUGUGUUGCCUAGCGGGAAAGAAGUCGCGGUUAAGAGUUUGAAAUCUGGUAGUGGACAAGGAGAAAGAGAGUUUCAAGCUGAGGUUGAUAUCAUUAGCCGUGUGCAUCAUCGGUAUCUUGUUUCUUUGGUUGGAUAUUGCAUAGCUGAUGGACAGAGAAUGUUGGUUUAUGAAUUUGUUCCUAACAAUACUUUAGAGUAUCAUCUUCAUGGGAAGAAUCUUCCGGUAAUGGACUUCUCAAUCAGGAUGCGUAUCGCUUUAGGUUCUGCAAAAGGACUCGCUUACCUUCAUGAAGACUGCCAUCCUCGGAUCAUUCACCGUGACAUCAAGUCUGCAAACAUUCUUUUGGACUUCAACUUUGAUGCAAUGGUGGCUGAUUUCGGAUUGGCUAAGUUAACUUCUGAUAACUAUACUCAUGUAUCUACUCGUGUGAUGGGAACUUUCGGAUAUUUAGCUCCAGAAUAUGCAUCUAGCGGUAAAUUAACAGAGAAAUCCGAUGUUUUCUCGUUCGGAGUCAUGUUACUUGAACUAAUCACUGGAAAACGACCGGUUGAUAAUAGCAGCACCAUGGACGACACUUUAGUAGAUUGGGCUCGUCCUAUCAUGGCUCGAGCGCUAGAAGAUGGGAACUUUAAUGAGCUUGCAGAUCCAAGGCUUGAAGGCAACUACAGCCCGCAAGAGAUGGCUCGAAUGGUGACUUGUGCUGCGGCUAGCAUUCGCCAUUCGGGACGUAAACGUCCAAAGAUGAGCCAGAUAGUAAGAGCGUUAGAAGGAGAAGUGUCACUGGAUGCUUUGAACGAAGGUGUGAAGCCUGGACAUAGCAACAUAUACGGGACAUCGGGAACAAGCUCGGAUUAUAGUCAGACAUCUUACAAUGCAGACAUGAAGAAAUUCAGACAGAUAGCUUUGUCGAGCCAAGAGUUCCAAAGCAGUGAAUGUGAAGGAUCAUCUAGUAAUGAUUCCCGAGAGAUUGGAGCUAAAAGUCCUGUUCCUCCUCAUCAAUGAGUUCGAGAGAUGAAAGAAGGGAUUUUUUUCGAGGGUGCUUUUGAGGUUCUGAGAGCAGAGCCAUGUAAGCUAAAAAAAAGCAAUGCCAUUGUUAUGUUUAGAUUGUUCCCUAUACGUAUAUGAUUAUUUGUUUCAUCUCUCUGAGAUUUGAUUCGAUUCGAUUCUCAAACAUGAACCUAAUAUUGUUUGAUUUUUGGAUUGUUUUUUUCCAAUAUUCGUAAUCAAAGUGAGAAUC